UGUGUGUGUGUGUGUGACCUCAGUCACCUCAGCAUGUGAUUCUCAGAAGCAUCUGUAUGCCUGGAUUAGCCCAUAAACACAGAAAAAAAAAUAAUGAACCCUUUGUGCCCAAUUUCAACAUUUUAUUAGGGAACGAUUACAUAUAAAACUUUUCAAACUUUCAUUUUCGACACUUUACGUGUUUGUGAAAGGGGGAAGUCAGACCGCGCCAUAUUUCAACGCACCCCGGCCUGGGUGUUCCAAUGAAGAGGCCAACAAGUGCGUCACAAUAACAAACGUAUUCGAAGAGACUAAAGAAAAGGUUUCCGACUACUAUCAUACAAGCGAGGAGAUGUUAGCAGAGAAUUAUAAGGGACGCGACUACAACGCACACCAUUCAUGGUUUACCUCCGUAUCAUGCCUUUGCCCCAAAGAGAGACCUCAACAGCUGGGCUGAGAGUUCAAGCCCACCACUGGCUGGAAAAGCGUAGGCUGAACAUCCCCACAGUGCUCACUAGAUAGUGAUUGGCAAAGCGUGGGAUUAUAACUUCCCCCUCCCUUCUAACCAAACACAAAUUCCCCCAUUGGAGCCUAUCAGUCUGCGGCGCUCGGCAAUUGGUGGUCGCUGUUGGCCCCUGAUUGGUCAACCGCUUAUCCAGCGUUACGGUGUUGUGGUUGGUGAAGAUUCUCUCUGUCCUUUGCUCUGAUUGGUGCAAGAUCUUCGGGGGUUCUUCGCGGUGGUCGUGCAGCGAUGCUGUCAUUGGGUCUGUCUUGGAGUAUCAUCUGCUAAUUGGUUUGACUGUACCUUGUGGUCAGUUUCCCUCAGACGUCCGCAGACAGCCGGGCAUUAACAGGCGGAACACAAGGGGGCUUCCACGUCCAGCCUGCAGCACCAGAGCAUGGCGGCGCCCCGGAGCCAGUGCACAUCAAGGAGCUCCUUCAGCUAUAUGGAGGCCUCUCCGGGACCCUGUGCUACGCAGCGGUGCUGACCAACAACGGGCCCUUGCACGCCGAGCCGGACAGGUCAUGUAGGAUUGCAGGUAUGCUAUGAAGAUGGGAAUUUUGGUGUUCAUGAGGAACUUGCUGCUAGCCCUGUGCCUGUUCCUGGUGUUGGGCUUUCUCUAUUACUCUGCCUGGAAGCUGCACCUUUUGCGUUGGGAAGACUCUCAUUCAGUUCUACACGCCUUUGACUCCGUUGGACAUAAAUUAGGCCCAGGACGGAGAGAGAGAAAAUUGGGGAUCCCGACCCUACCCUCAUCUACUCCAUCGCAAAUUGCUGCUGACAGCAUCCAGCAAGAUCUCAAUGAACCAAGGCUUGCACCAGUGCCAGCGAUUCUAAAAUAUGAUCGUCUGGGCUUCCUACUUAAACUGGAAACUAAGCUACCAGUAGAACUGGCAACAAGGUAUGCAAAUUUUUCAGAAGGUGUGUGCAAGCCUGGAUAUGCUUCUGCGCUCAUGAAUGCCAUAUAUCCAAAGUUCUCCAAACCAGCACCAAUGUUUUUGGAUGAUUCUUUCAGAAAAUGGGCAAAGAUUCGCGAAUAUGUUCCUCCCUUUGGUAUUAAAGGGCAAGAUAACCUAAUCAAAGCUAUCUUGGCUGCUACAAAAGAAUACCGACUCAAGCCAGCAUUAGACAGCUUAAACUGUCGACGAUGUAUCAUAGUGGGGAAUGGAGGUGUUCUUGCUAACAAAUCACUAGGAUCUAAAAUUGAUGAAUAUGAAGUUGUUGUCAGGUUGAAUUCUGCUCCGGUGAAAGGUUUUGAGAAGGAUGUAGGCAGCAAAACAACUCUAAGAAUCACAUAUCCAGAAGGAGCAAUCCAGAAACUUGAACAAUAUGAAAAAGACUCCAUUUUUGUCUUGGCGGGUUUUAAGUGGCAGGAUUUCAAAUGGCUGAAAUAUAUUGUUUACAAGGAGAAAGUGAGUGCCUCUGAUGGAUUUUGGAAGUCAGUAGCCACACGUGUUCCACGUGAACCACAUGAGAUCCGUAUCUUAAAUCCAUACUUUAUUCAAGAAGCUGCAUUCAGCUUUAUUGGGUUGCCAUUCAAUAAUGGCUUGAUGGGAAGAGGGAAUAUCCCAACGCUGGGUAGUGUUGCCAUAACUAUGGCACUACAUAACUGUGAUGAAGUGGCAGUCGCAGGAUUUGGCUAUGACAUGAACCUGCCUAAUGCUCCGCUCCACUAUUAUGAGACUAUCAAAAUGGCAGCCAUUAAAGAGUCCUGGACUCAUAACAUUCAAAAGGAGAAGGAGUUCCUUAAGAAGCUUGUUAAAGCACGAGUAAUUAAUGAUCUGACUAAUGGCAUCUGAGUGAAAUGAGUAUGAGCAAAAGCUGGAAGAUGCACUGAUUUGGAUAAGCAUGGAUACCAAACGUUAUCAGAGCUUAUCCCAAGACAGGCUUGCAUGCCUUCAGAUGUCCACACUUCCAAGUGAAAGUUUGGUUUUUCAAUUAAGCCAGUGGCCAUAAGAAAGGAAAUCCGUACAGAAGUACCUGUCAACAAUUUGCUUUGAGGAAGAAGAAGAAGUUUUUCUAGAAACUACGACUUUAAUCUGGAAGCAGACUUUUAAUUUUAAAUGGACAAGUUACUGUGCCAAAUGUACUUCUAGUUUGGGAUUUGAGGUGCAAAAGGUACACCACGCGCAUUUUGAAUGUAUAAAGUAUUAUUUUCGAUAAAAGCAUGGAGUUAUUCUGCAUGGGAGACAGAGAUAUGGAUGGACAUCAUGACACUAAUAUUUUCAUAUUAAUGCACAUUGUGAGAUAUCUCUGGCUGUUUUAUGCAGAAUCCUAUGUAAAACUAGGACCCAUGACCGUCCAGGGUUAGGGGCAUUGUUGGUGCUGCUAUUACUUAGAUGAGCAAAGAUUUGUUCAGUCUGUUUGUUAUUGAAGAAUGUUUUAAAAUGUUUGAUCGAGGGUGGGAAGGGUUAAUUGGCAGGUUGUGAACACCAGAAGCUUCGAUCAGUGUUAAUAAUUCGCCGUGGAUCAGUGUUUAAAAUCUUAAGAACGGGCACUCUGUGGCCCACUGUCAUGUUUUUUGCCUUUUGCAUCAAUAAUGUGAAGGGCACGUUAGAUUCAUCAUUAACAAAGGUAUACAGUAUGUGAUACAAUUUCAGCAAUACAUGUCAUAUCAAGAAAACAGGUGUAAGCCUGAACCAGAUUCCACCACAAUAUCACAUUAUCAUCCAAACUAAUAGGAAUUAUCAUUAAAUACCAUGAAGUGUUGCAGAGUCUGCAGUUAAUUCUUUUGAAAUGUAUAUUUCAUGAUUGACAAGCAUAUCCCCCACACGUCUUUAUUUCUUGUCUGUUUAUGUUAUCAUCUUCUUACAUUUGGAAAUCUGAAAAACGGUAGGUUUCAGAUUUGAAGUUUGUGACUUCAGUAUUCAUUUCUCUUACUGCUACAGUGCAUAUCUGCUCCCAGAAAGUAGCCAGUUCAGUAAAACUUUAACAUACUUGAAA